CGUAUCACAGACCGGGGCCGGUCUGUCAGCGUCUGUCGCUCGGGUCUGUCAGCGCGUGUCGGGCUGUUUGCUCCCCGUCCGUCGGUCUGCUGACGGCUCCACCGUGCCCGGCCGAGGAGGAACCUCCGCGCGGCGGCGGCAGUCGCCGAACGGUUCACCAUGGAGCGCGGCGUGCUCCGUGCCCUGCUGCCGGCGCUCCUCUCGGCACUGGCCGUCACAGGAGCACAGGCGGACAAAGACCUCUGCCUCAGCGAAAAGAAAACGUCGUGCGACGGAGACCUCACUCUCAUCGGUGGAACAUGCGUGGAGACCGACUGGGACGAUGCCACCACCUGUGUGAAGGACGCUAGCACCAUCAUUGUCGGACGGUGGUACUUCCCGGCCGAGAAGGACAUCUGCAACCUGGACGAAUGCUUCUGCUACUGCAAUGAACAUAACUACUUCUUCACCGUCUUCUUCCCAAGUGCGCCCAGCUCUCCGCGAAGAAGGAACAACGACAACAAGCUCGUCCCCGGCAAAAAGGCCAAGUGUCUGUGCCACAACCACGCGGGCAAGGUGACGGGCGCGGGAAACCCGUAUGCCAUUCCGCUGGAGCAGUGUGGCGACUCGCCCGAGUACGCCAUCAUUAUCACCAACGGCAUCAGCAAGGCGGCCCGCGCCGCCACCUACAGCGCCCACUACGACUGCGCCCGGUUCGUGGCUGGCACUCGGUCUCAGGCAAUGGCGGCAGGAGCCGGCCUGCCACCUGGACUUGGGCCGACGAAAACAGCAACUGAACAAUGCCUGGAAGGCCAGGUGUGCUACAACGCCGGCACGGCUGUAAACGGACCGGUCGAAUCCGCCCGCAAGCAGACUGAAUGUUACUGCAACUGCUUCAAACAGGGCUACUUCUUCGGUGCUUGGAAUGAGAAAGGAAAUAGAUGCCAGUGCUCAAAUCGGAAAAUUAAACGCGCUGCCACAAAAUGCAGAGAUGACGGCAGCCAACUGAAAGUCCUGAAGCGAACAUCGACUUUGAAGCGGGUUUGCUGUGAAGCAGUAAACGAAAAACCGCCGACGGAGGCGCCUCCCACCACCGCAGCGCCGACCACAGCCGCUCCCGAAGGCGGGUCAAGAUCAUCCCCAGUCGCAGGUGGUCCUCCGCCACUGGGCGGGUCAAGGUCUUCACCAGUGGCGGGAGGACCCCCUCCCCCGGGCGGUUCGAGAUCUACCCCCAUGGCGGGUGGCCCUCCCCCUGCAAUGCCCGGAUCAAGGUCGACGCCUAUGUCCGGUGGUCCGCCAGCACUUCCAGAAAGUCCCAAGACUCCGACGGUGGGCAUUGCCGACGAACCCGACUUUGUGAUACCAGAUGACAUUGACCUGCCGGAUCCUGACCUGCCUCCUUACGACCCGAACUUCUUCUUCGACUAUCCUCCUGAGCCGCUGCCCGACACAUAUUUGUUUGACCUGAUCCUGCCGCCUGAGCAGCCAGACUGGCCCCCGCCGAGCCCGCCCGACCAGGAGCCGGACAUCUACAUUGUGUACCUGCCGUACUUGGAGAACCCUACCCCGACGCCCACGGAUAUCACCUUCUUCGUGGACCCGCCGAUCUACGAGUUCGACAUGCCGGCCGUGCACUGGGAGUACCCGGACCCGGUGAACUGGUGGCCGGACCCGCUGCUGCUGCAGCCCGAGCCCCUCGACUGGAUCUGGCCGCUGGACCCCUCCUGGGACACCUACUGGCCCAGCCUGGACAGCUUCUUCCCAAGCAUGAUGACAGAACCGUCCGUCAUCUAUUCGUACUUCUGAAUGCCGUCCUGCGAGGCGAGACUGGUGCGUUUAAAGUGCCUUUAGGUACUACGCGCAAGAGGAUUGGCACCUUGCAGUGUACAGGGUGGUAUGUAGUUUGUAGGUAUGUGUUUUUGUUGGGGUCUCCUCGCACGUUAUUUUCAAGGUGUGUCGCACUGAGUGAAUCGCAUCACACGCAACCGACGAAGAGCACUUUAAAUGUGACCAAUAUAUUUAUUGAAACAAAGGUUCGCCGAGGCACGUUAUGUGGCUUGUUCUAAAAAAAAAGAACCAAUAAUUUGGUGAAUACACCCAGGAGUAGGGACGACGUCAGCACUGUAGUGAAAAGAGGACGGCAAGAAGUGUUCAAAAACCCAAAAGCUCCAUCAGCGUGAGAAGUGUUGAAGUUUGUCAUUUUGUGACUGCGCCUGGCUGGCAGCGCUGUACUGCAUGGUCAUGUGUUCGACUUUGAAGUUUAUGCCAUUUACCAACAAAAAAGCAAGGGAAUUGAAGCAUUGGUGCACGAUUGUCUUUAGACUGUCUACAUUUAGACAUUGCAGAUCGGUGCUGUAAAUAUAAUUACUAUGUACU